AAUAACCAUCAUGUUAUGGGUUACAGUUUUAUGCUUGUUAUAGUUACAAGUGAAGUAUUUAAAUGUUUUUCCUUCCUUCUUCUGUGUUUAGAUAUUACUUUUGUGAAGGUUUCUAAAGUGACAGGCCGAGUGGAAGUCAAUGAUGUGCUGGCAGCCGUGCGUCCAAACACCUGCCUCAUCUCAGUCAUGCUGGCCAACAAUGAGACAGGGGUCAUCAUGCGAAUUAAAGAGCUCUGUCAGAGAGUACAACUCCUUAACGUGCAGAGGUCUGGUCCGAGAAUUCUUUUGCACUCUGACGGUGCACAAGCAGUUGGUAAAGUCAAGGUAGACGUGCAAGAACUUGGAGUGGAUUACCUCACCAUAGUGGGACACAAGUUUUAUGGCCCAAGAAUUGGUGCGUUGUAUGUAAACAAGCCUGGAAGCAUAACUCCAUUGUUCCCAAUGUUCUUCGGAGGUGGACAAGAGAGGAACUUUAGACCUGGGACAGAGAACACUCCAAUGAUUGCUGGUCUUGGAAAGGCAGCAGAGCUGGUGAACCUGCAUCUUCCAGAGUAUGAGGCCCACCUGUGUGAUAUUAAAAAGUACUUAGAGCAGCGGCUGCAGACUGUAUUUGGGAAGGAGAAGAUCCACUUCAACAGCCAUUUUCCUGGUUCGGAGACUCUCCCAAACACUUGUAAUGUGUCACUGCUCGGUCCAGGCUUAGAAGGUUGGAAGGUGCUUUCCAGCUGUAGGUGGCUUCUGGCGAGUGUGGGGGCUGCAUGCCAUUCUGAUAAAGUGGAAAG